GGAAACACACUUGAGGAGCGCGAUCGGAGACUUCACUGACAUUGGUUAGUUAGGCUACUCUGUUUUCAGCUGUCGAGCACGAGCACCUUUCAGCGAGAUAUCUUUCAGGUUGCCAGGAUGGUUGCGCUUUCUAAAGAGUAUGGAUACGUGGUGCUGACUGGUGUUGCCAGUAUGGUCAUGAUUGGACAUCUGGCCAUCAAAGUUGGCAAAGCCCGCAAGAAGUACAACGUACAGUAUCCUCAGAUGUACAGUGACGACCCAGAAACUGGAAACAUUUUUAACUGCAUCCAGCGUUCGCACCAAAACACCUUGGAGAUCUACCCCGCCUUUCUUUUCUGCCUCGCAGUCGGUGGUGCCCACAAUCCUUGUCUCACUAGUGGACUUGGAGCUAUAUGGAUCAUAAGCAGAGAGGUGUACGCACAUGGGUACUCUUCAGGGGAUCCUAAGAAAAGAAUGCGUGGAGCGUUCGGGAACGUGGCUCUGCUCGGCAUGAUGCUGUCCACAGCCUGCUUCGGCCGCACACUGCUCGGCUGGACUGGACCACGGAUCUUUCCCUUCUGUCACACUAAAUGUUGCCAAUGAGAAUGAAGUCUUCAGGACACCUAGUCAUUCACUUUAUAGUCAAAGCCACUACGUAACCUAUAUACUUAGCAACAUGUAUGCUAACCUCUGACCAAUUUAUCAUGUGAAGCCAGGUGAAGGUUUUGUAAAGUGACCCGACUGGUUCUCCAAGGAGGAAAAAUACCUCAUUCAGGAUAAUGGCUGGCCGAGGUGUAGUCUCAUGCCAGAUCUGUCAGUUUGUCACCAUUGUGUAUUCACCUGCACUCUGAUUCCUAAAGUAGUUGGCAACAAGACCUGAGAUAUUUUUCAGAGUGAAUUAGACCUACCAUGAUUGAUGUGAUAGAAUAUUAAUGUACCAUGUGAUAUAUUAGUUACUACCUGUAAAUGGUUAUAACAAAAAUAUUGCUGUUGAUGGGUUAAAAAAAUAUGUUUUGACCUGUCUCAUACUUGAAACAGGCUUUUUGACUGGUCAUACGAAUUAUAUUAAAUAUUUUACGGUGGUCAUACAAUA